AUGCUGAUGCGCGAGCCGAAGGGCCUCGAUCUCCCUAAGGACGCGACCCUCACGCGCGUUGUACGCCGUCUCUCCCAGCGCCUCCGCCUUCCCAAAGACCACCCCCGCCAUGCCCAGAUUACCGACAUUCAUCGAGUCCUCUCUGAAGUCUGGUUCCGCGAGUGGCGGCGCACUCAACAAGGCGACUCCAUCGCCGAUCCCACGAUGGCAUUCCUCACAUACUCCAGCAAGAAGGCGGACGGGAGCUUCGCCACCGAGAAGGAAACCACUGGAAUCCUCGCCCGAUUCACGCGCAGUAUCCGGCUUGCGGCCAUCUACGAGCUGCAAACACGUCUGACGGAGACUACCGCGUUUGACCAGUGGACGGCGGUUCAGCCUCUGCUCCGGUUUGUACAGGAGAACGAGUUCACGGCCUUUGAUAGCAUCCGCUCCCUGCAGCACUACGCUACAGCGCUCGCAUACAAUACACUUUCACUGCCGCGCAUCUGGUGGACGGACGAUGACAAGCACGAGGAACUUCUCUACCAUGGGCGGAGGAUCAGCCUCCCGCAGAUCCGUGAGAUCGUCACCCGCUUGCACCGGGAAGCGAUCGCGAUCUUCGACACUCUCACUGAGGGGCUCGACACUACCGUUCCAUACUCGAAGUUCGUCGACGACCUGCAGGAGAACAAGCCCGGUUAUUCGUUCACCCAUCUGGAUGAUGACGCCUCACUAGAGGCGCUCUCCGAAAGCUUCUCUCAGCAGUUCUUCACAUCGACAAAGCUCAAGUUUCUCAACAACGCCGGCCUUGGGCUCGACACUGACAAGGCGCGCACAUGGAUGCGCCGACUGGCGAAGCUCGAGAGGAUCCUCAUGGUCAUCAUCCAGCUGAGCAGCGGCGGCCCCGGGAGAGGAACGGAGAUGUGCGCGCUUCUUGCUCGCAACACGCCCUACCGCCUUCGUAACCUGUUCCUUAUCGAUAAGUGCAUCGCUGUCGUGCGACAAUACAACAAAACGACCAACAACGCUCAGCACGACAAAGUCAUCCCCGCUUCACUGGACGGCGUCGCCGGCGAUAUCAUAGCACGUCUACACUUUUACCGCCGCCCCAGGGCUGCGUUCUUCGCAUCCGUCCUCUGGCCACUUCAGACGGACCUUCCGCGCGCAUACCGGGACAUGCUCUUCAUGGAUAAUGGCUGUCUCUUCACCAGCGCAAAGCUCAGCGAUGCGAUCGGCGACGCAUCCGGUCGUAUCCUUGGCUGGCGACUCGGCCUGAGCUCGUGGCGCCAUAUAUAUAUAUCCGUCAAUCGCGAGCACUUUCACGACGAGUCGGACGAGCCCUCCGCAGCCGAGGAGGUUGACGCGCUCCAGGCGGGGCACACGCUUGCCAUCGCGAAUCAGAUCUACGGUCUCUCCCACGGCAUCCUGUCCGGCCUGACGGCUCCCAUCGUCAAGAGCUAUUUGAACAACAGUGACCGCUGGUGCCGUGACGUUCUCCGUCUCAUUCCCGGAGGCCUCUUACGCAGAUACGACGAGUGCACCGCUAACCACUACGACAGCGUAUAUCCACCGCCACCUCCGCCUCCGCCUCCGCCUCCGCCCCCGCCCCCGCCGCCUGCUCCGCCCUCCGCUGAUAGCGAGUCUAUCCGGUUUCUUGUAUCCGCUAUGACCACACUCUCCGCCAACGUCUCCAAAAUGGCCGCUCGUCAAGAUGAACUCUUUUCCAUGAUUGCCGGACAGGGCGCGCUCCGGUCCGUUGGCCCUCACGAGUCCGCGAUCAUGCCUGGGUUCGCCUCGCAAGAACCGCUUCAACCGCCCCGAACUCCUUCCCCUCACCCCCAUGCGGCCUAUGAUGACGCUGCAUCUCAACAUGUCGCCUUGGAAGAAGACCAGGCCAUGCAAAGCCCACCUCCGCCACAACUACGUCAAUACGCCGCUGAGAAUAAAAAUCUUCAAGCCAGCAAUGCGCUGGACGUUCGCAUGGCGGACCCGGAAGAUGUGGACGUGGAUGAGGGGAUCCCCCCUGACGAUGUGCACACCCCGAACAUGCCGUUCCAUGAUCUUCCAGAGAGCGAUAUUGUCGCCGAGUCUCCACUUUACACGCGAAUUGAAGCUCAGCGUAAAAAGGAGGAAGCGUCCGCUUAUGCUUCACUUCCCGGAAAGCAGCGUAAAGCUCUUCGUCGCGCCGGUCAGUAUGAGACCCCCGCGGAUCCUCCUCUAUUUCCUCCUAUGUCCGAUGCUCCGUUGUCUUCAAGCCCUGGCGAGAAUGUAUUCCCUGUGCCAGAAGCGUUGCACUGUACGAUGGACGAACCAUACCCUGAUCCCACGGACCUGGAGAACGAUGAUCUCCUUCCCCUGGUCCGCGAAUAUCUGGGGAAACCCACCGCUGUAUGGCGCUCGCCUGAGCAGCGCGCCGCUAUCAUCGCGCUUCUCUGCCUCACUCGCGAUGUCAUUGUCGCUAUGGGUACAGCAGCGGGCAAGUCAGUCAUCGCGCUGGCUCCCUCCCUCGUCAAACAGGGGUUGACCGCCAUCAUGGUCCCCCUCCUGUCCUUGAGGGACGAUUGGGCGCGCCGCAUGGACGACGGUGGCAUCCAGUACGUCGAUUUCGCUAACGCAAAAUACGGAGAUAUUCCUGCAGGCACGAAGGUUGUGCUCAUCUCCGUCGAUAUCGGCCGCUCCGACGGGUGGAUGGCGGCCCUACGACAUGCGCGCCUUCGAGGCAUGCCCAUCAUGCGAAUCGUCGUCGACGAGGCGCAGAUGAUCCUCACAUCGCAGGACUUCCGUAAGCGGUUGCGGGAAAUUUACGAGAUCCGCUAUGUCGAGUGCCCGCUCGUGCUCCUGACGGGCAACGGUACUCCUGACAGUAUACCCUACUACAUCAAGGAGUUCGGCCUCUCCGACCCCCUUGUCAUACGCACCCUCGGAGACCGCCCAGAGAUCAAGUACAUCAUCCAGCCCGCGCAGGAAUCCAUGACUGCCGGUGCUCGCUGCAUCAGGGGCUAUGUCGACGCGGCGAAGCUGCCUCGCCGUGACCGCUGGAUGGUCUUCGUCACGAGUAUUGCUGAAGGUUAUGCCCUUGCCAAGGCGCUAAACGUGGAGUGCUACCACGCACCUCGAGACGACGGCGAGCAUCAGGCUACCGCUGAAGUUCUCCAACGCCGCCUUGACAAUUGGAAGUCCGGCAAGUACGUCGGGAUCGUCACAACCAGCGCGCUCGCCUGCGGCAAUGACUUUCAGCACGUUCGCUUUGUCUUCCAUUGGGGUGUUCCUCGCACCCUUAUCGACUUCCUUCAGGAGUCCGGCCGCGCCGCACGCGAUGGGCGUCCGGGGUACUCGAUUGUCUUUGCGAACAAGGGCUUCCCAGCGUCUAAUGCCGUCCCUGUUAUACGCAACCUCCAAGGACAUCAUCUCAUCCACUAUGUCUUUUUCGUCAUGGCGACUGCGCUCCUUGACAAUGACCCGCAGAAGUGCAUGCGGAUCAUCUUCAACACGUACAACGACGGCGUACCUCUCUCCUGCUUCCAGAUUCGUAAUGCACAACUCUGUCAUUUCUGCGAAAUUGCGUAUCGUUCGCUUCCGGAGAUGACGCGCAAGGGCCGGAGCCAGUACCAGCACGACCCGCACGCGACCCACGCACUGCAACCCCUCCUUCCUCGCUUGUACUCCCCGGCGACGGCGACCCAGGUCGAGCGUGUUCUUCGCAAAGGCUUCGAGGGUGCGCGCUUGGCCGCCGAGGCGCGCACUAUGGACCGCAUGGCCAUGACCGCCGACCAGAUCGAGAACUGGCAGGACUUGCUCGACGAGGUCGGCGAGCACUCCUGUGGCUUCUGCUUUGUCCACUGGAAGCUCGGCAGGUUCGCGUCGCGUGACGAUGCUCAUCUGAGGCAUGAGAUGUGGAGCUGCCCUCUGUCGCCGUCGAGGAACGAGUGGAAGGUCCUCCGCAACCUUCCCAGUUUGAUUACGGGGCAAAGGUUGUUCAAUGUUCCAGGGAUGGCGUUUAUGGAGUGGCUGCGCCGGCGGUUCGAUAUCGGCGACAACGGCUAUAUUGUCCAGCUCGCAGCGCAGGGCGUCCUUCAGUAG